AUGAGUCAGAUCUUCAUUACAGGUGUUACCGGCUUUAUCGGUGGAGACGUCCUGUAUGGCCUUACUCAGGCACUGGCAGCAUCUAGCAUUGUUGCUCUUGUACGAAACAAGAGCCAGGCGGCUGUCGUUGCAGGAAAGUUUCCAACGGUGACUCCGCUCAUUGGAGACUUGGACUCCAGCGCAGAGAUCCAACAAGCCGCUUCCAAAGCUGAUGUAGUGCUUCAUCUGGCAAGCUCCAGUCACGUGCCCAGUGCUAAGGCUAUCGCUGAAGGACUGGCGAAGAGCGAGCGUGAGAACCCAACAUGGAUCCAGAUCUCCGGCGCCAGUUUCCUGGCCGGCGCAGAAGUAAAGGCUAAGAACUUCGGCCAGCCCGGUACAAAGAUCUACAACGAUUUGCACGGAAUUCAAGAAAUUCACGACAUUCUUGCUACUUCGCCCCAGCGUGCCGUGGACCACCUCAUCCGCGGUAUGCCUUCUACCAACCCUCGUGUGAGGACGGCCAUGGUCUACGGACCCCUCAUCUACGGCAAGGGCCGAGGGCCAGUGAAUCAGCGGAGUAUCCAAAUCCCCGACCUCGCCAAGGCAACGCUGCAACACGGACACGGCCUUCAUCUAGGCCGCGGCCUUAACACCUGGAAUACUAUUCAUAUCUCAGAUCUGACGGCACUCUUUGUGAGAUUGGUUGUGGAAUCCUCGCGAACUUCGAAGCCAGAAUUAUGGAAUGAGAAUGGUGUUUUCUUCGCCGAGUCUGGGAAGAUGUCUUUCGGAGAUAUCGGCAGAAUGAUCGCUACUUUCGCCCACUCUCGAGGUUUCAUUAGGACGCCUGAGGCGGUUGAGAUUGAUGCGGCUACCGCUGACAGACUUACUCCUCACGGGUCGGUCAUUUGGGGUACGAAUGCUCAGUACCAGGCUAUUCGGGCACGAGAGAUUCUAGGGUGGCUGCCCCAAGGGCCCUCGGUUGAGGGGGAGAUCGAGCGAGUCGUCCUCUCCGAGGCGUCACGGAGUUUCUCGCGACCCGCCGAGAAGCUUGCUUAA